CCGAGUUCCGGCUAACACUUUUUUUUUCCGGUCUUUUAUAUCCCAUUCCCCUCCCCUCCGCAACAAACCGAGAUCCUUUGACCAUCAUUAUUUGUAUAUUAUUGGUGCUUUCUUUUUGGCGGAUGUGAUCAUUAUUGAAGGUGCUGUUUGUUAAUUUUUUUUCCGCCAUCCCUUAAACCCUAAAAAAAAUCAGAAUGAACAAGCUUUACAUCGGGAACCUGAGUGAAAGUGUGACCGUGUCAGAGUUAGAAAGUGUCUUCAAGGAAUGGAAGAUACCAUAUACUGGACAAUUUCUGCUAAAAACGGGCUAUGCUUUUGUAGAUUGCCCAGACGAGAACUGGGCAAUCAAAGCCAUCGAUACCUUAUCCGGUAAAGUGGAGCUUCAUGGAAAACACAUUGAAGUGGAACAUUCAGUACCCAAGAGGCAAAGAAGUCGCAAGAUUCAGAUCCGGAAUAUUCCGCCUCAUUUGCAAUGGGAGGUGUUGGAUGGAUUGUUAGCCCAGCAUGGAGCUGUGGAAAGCUGUGAGCAAGUUAACACAGAAACGGAAUCGGCAGUGGUGAAUGUUACAUAUGGGACCAAGGACCAAGCCAGGCAAGCAAUAUCCAAACUGAACGGCCAUCAGCUGGAGACCUACAGUCUGACCGUCACCUACAUCCCAGAUGAGCAGGCAGUGCAGCAGGGGCAAGAGAUGGGCCGCAGAGGCUUCAGUGGGAGGGGUCCCCCCCAGCAAGGCUCCGCCACCCCCAUGAAGCAGCAGUUUGACAUUCCUCUACGGAUUCUGGUCCCCACCCAGUUUGUGGGGGCCAUCAUUGGGAAGGAAGGAGCCACCAUUCGAAAUAUCACGAAACAGACACAAUCCAAGAUCGAUGUCCAUCGGAAGGAGAACGCAGGAGCAGCAGAGAAACCCAUCAGCAUUCACUCCACCGCAGAGGGCUGUUCGGCUGCCUGUAGGAUGAUCCUGGACAUCAUGCAACAGGAAGCGCAGGCAACCAAAAUGGCUGAGGAGGUUCCAUUGAAGAUUCUGGCACAUAAUAACUUUGUUGGCAGGUUGAUAGGGAAGGAGGGCCGGAAUCUGAAGAAGGUGGAACAAGACACAGAAACAAAAAUCACAAUCUCUCCUUUGCAGGAUCUGACACUCUAUAACCCCGAGAGAACCAUCACAGUGAAAGGCUCCAUCGAAGCUUGCUGCAAGGCUGAGGAAGAUAUCAUGAAGAAAGUGCGGGAAGCUUACGAGAAUGACAUUGCUGCUAUGAACCUACAGGCAAACCUGAUCCCAGGCCUGAACCUGAACGCCCUCGGCUUGUUCCCACCUUCGUCAUCCACUGUCCCGCCUCACCCUGUAGGUGUGGCACCCGCGACGCCCUAUGGUCCCUACAUGCAAACCUCGGACCCAGAGACGGUCCACGUCUUUAUUCCAGCUCAGGCUGUGGGAGCCAUUAUCGGGAAGAAGGGCCAGCACAUCAAGCAGCUAUCUCGAUACGCAGAGGCCUCGAUCAAGAUCGCUCCUGCAGAAAGCCCGGACACUAAACAGCGCAUGGUGAUCAUCACAGGACUACCUGAGGCCCAGUUUAAGGUUCAGGGGAGAAUCCAUGGGAAACUGAAGGAGGAGAAUUUCUUUGGACCCAAGGAAGAAGUCAAACUGGAGACGCACAUUAAAGUUGCUGCCUCGGCGGCUGGAAGAGUAAUAGGCAAAGGGGGGAAAACUGUGAACGAGCUGCAGAAUCUGUCCAGCGCGGAGGUUGUGGUUCCCCGAGACCAGGUGCCAGAUGAAAAUGACCAAGUUGUUGUCAAGAUCAUCGGUCACUUUUAUGCAAGUCAGCUCGCGCAGAGAAAGAUCAGGGAAAUAUUGGCCCAGGUAAAACAUCAACAACAGCAGAAGGUACAAAGCAGCCAAUCCCAGCCUCGGAGGAAAUGAAGUCAACAAAAUGUCCCAGAUACCUGCCAACAAUGGAGACAGAUGCCAGGCCAAAGUGUGGCUGUGUUCAGAUCAACUGUUUGUUCACCUUUAACACAGUGGAAGGCUAAGUAAUCAUUCUGGAUAAAAGAAAAAUUACCAGGGCAAUUGGGAAUAAUUUUAAACUCUCAGGAGAAAAUGUUUAACAAUGUAAAUUUAGGGUGGAGAGAGAUCAGUCUUUUGCGGGGAUUGGGUCAAACCUGCUCAUUAGAUAUUGACCAUGUGUUUAUGGGAGAUUAGAGAAGUGGUCAGUUGUAGAGGGACAGAGCCUCCUGCUGUUCAGACCUACAUUAGAAAUUCCGCUGUGUCACGAUUAAUGACAGUUGGUCGUUUCUUCUUGUUAGCAGUAGAAUUACUACAUUAGGGACUUCUGCCUUGUGAAGGAUCCUGCUUUUAAAUAAGCCCCUUCAACAUCCACCUCCCUGGCCUCUGCUAAAACCUACCACCUUUGUACCCUCUUAUCCUGAUCACAGAUCUUGAAGAGGUGCAGUGCUGACCAGGUUGGGAAUGGAGAAGGGGUGAAUGAGUUUGGGUUUGGAUGGGGACAUAUUCAGAUUCCAGCUGUAAGAUUGCUUAAGGCAUGUGGAAAGUCAGGAUAGAUAGUCUUAAUGUCCUGAGAUAAAUUGGACCCAAAGGUGGAAUUGUGAUAAGCAUCAUAUUUAAAAAUCUGGGUGGAUAUGGUUCUUAAUUCUCUCAGCUUGAAGUUUCCCAUUGGGAGCAUUAGUUUCUCCUCUGAAGAUUGAAAACCAAAACCAGAAAAUGCCGGAAACACUCAGCAGGUUAGGCCGCAUCUGUGGAAUGUGAACUAGAGUUAACGUUUCAGGUUGAAGACCUGUCAUUAGAUCUGAUGAAGAGUCUUCAACCUGAGACAUUAACUUCGUUCCUCCUUCCACAGAUGCUGCCCAAUCUGUCGAGUGCUUUCAGCAUUUUCUGUUUUUGCAGUCUUUAAUUUACUAAGUAUGAAAUCCAUUCAAUAUCCACAAUCUUCGAGCACAGAGAUCCCCAACACAUCCAUUCAUUUCCUGCUAACAAGCUUUAGAAAGGCCCCUCAUCGAAAGUUCAGGGCAAUUUACCAUUCAGGAAAAUAGAAGUAAGAGACCCCAUGGCAUAGUGCUGGAUGAGGUCAAUUGUCUUUAUGUCAAGUAGCAUUCUGAUGUGUUUCAUAGAACCUAAACAAGAGAUAAAAAUGGGUAAAAAUGGCACUCUACUUCGGGGUUAGGGUCACAGUAAAUGUGAAGUGUUCAUUUGGUUCAAAACUUUACUGUUUAAAGUGUAAUAUACAGGAGAAGGAAUGGGCAGACAAGUAUAAACAGCAGUGGUACUGGAAGGCGCACACAAUGCACAAGACACAGUGCAGACUCUUCACAGAGACAGACCAAUGUGAGGAACAAAAUUGCAUGUUGCUGUUUUGAUGUUUGUAAUCUGGUGUAGACAGUUGGAUAUUUGAAGGUGUCUGUAAAGUCGAUAUCUCUGCUUAAGUUGCUGGAAAGCUUUGUGGGUUAGGGGGUUGGUGAGGGGGAGAUUGGACAGUUUGAGAACAGCUAACGAACCGGCUUCUACUGUUAGCUGCAUCGUAAACAGCGUGGUAUAGGGCCUAUUAGACUUCAGUAGGAGCAGUGAUGAGCUUUCACUGAGUAUGUCCAGAGUCUUGCUCACGAGAAAACCCCAAAAUACCACAACUUUAUCCAUAAGAUGAAUUUUUCACCUCAAUGGAAACUUCAAAACAUGUUCAAAAUGGUUUGACGUGCAAUGUCUUGGAAUACUUGCCAAGUACAAUUAUUGCUCCACGAGGUGCACCCCAGACCUUGAGAACUGAUACAUUGCACGAAAUGGUGUAAUUUACCCCUUGAUACCAUGGGGGCCAAUCAAUACAGUGACCAGUUGAUACUGUGCACCAAUGGAGUGCAUGCGUCAUUCAAUACAUUUAGUACAGUGUACCAAUUGAUACAUUGCACCAAUCAAUGCAUUGCACCAAAUGAUACAUUGUACCAAUUACGUUACACCAACCAGAACAUUGCCUUCUUUCUCCUCCUCCUCCAACAACCUAUUCACUGGAUGCCAUCAAACAGUCUCAGGAGGCACUGAGGACCAUGUCUAACUUAUUUGAGAUAAAGUGAUUCUUGAUUAUUACUUUGCUUUGGACUAAGCCUUCCACAGUGUUAAAACUCUAGAAAAUUGUGUAUUCUUGCCAAAUAUUAAAUGAACUGUGAUGAUUGAUAAGAUAAUGCCAACCACGUGUGGUAUUAGCUUAAAAUUUAUUCUGCUUUCUUGAACGAAAAACUUAGGAACAAUUUUAAUUUGGGUGGCUGGUUGUUCCCACACAGCCAUCACCCAAAGUGCUGUCUUCUCCUGCCAAAGAUUGCAAUCGCAACCACACAGUGUGGGGCACAAAUCAGUUCUGAUUUUUAUUUCUUGUUUCCUCACCCCCUCCCAAACAUCAGUAAAGAAAGUGGAAUGAAAAUAAGAGUCCUACACGUGAGGUGCACGAUAGUCACCGAGAGGGAUUAAAAGGAGUGAGCAGUUGAAAGAGGCAGAAGGAAACAACUUUGAUAUCUGGUCCAGUCACUUUUCCAGGAAAGAUUUGUGUUUUUUUUAAAUUAAAUGAGUUAUGAAAAAAAAUUGAGAGAGAAAGAGAGAGAGAAAGAAUCCUAACACUGCUAAAGAACACCGAAGGAAGUAUAAUGAUGGUGUUGACCCAAGGCAACACUGUGUGCUUUUACUAGACUACCUCAGGCAUUUGGUACCUCAAUCUUUGUUCCUUUUUUGCUUGCUGGUAUUUUAUAUACUUAUAAAGCUGAUAGUCUUGAAUAUUUUAUUUUUUUAAUAAAAGAAAGUAAGAUUUGCUGAGUUACAUACGGCAGCCGGGAACUGUGCAGGAGUUACUGUGUGCUGCGGGCUGUUAGUUUGCCCUGCUUCUAGUUGAUGGAAGUGUUAAAAUAUUUUUAAAAAACUAAAAAAAAAAUUACAGCAACUGCCUCAAAUCUGAGGUGCCACAUUGGGAACAAAUUGCAUUUUUAAAUAUUUAAAAGCAGUUGUGAUGAUCCAGUUACAUGCCACAUUUUCUAUUUUUAAAUUUUAAAAAUCACAUCUAAUGAUUUUUAAGUCAGCACUGUGUAAAAGGCUUGGAUUUCCUUUACUAACACAACGUUAUAAGGUCUCAUCAGCAUUACUAAACUAGCCUUUAAUAUAAAUAGUCAAUAUAUCUUUAAUAUUUUAAAAUCCUUCAGCAUUCAACUUUUAUCAUUGUGAUUCCCUUGUCCGUACUAAUAAUGGAAGUCCCUAUGUAAACCAUAUCAGGAUGAAACUAUGUCCUCCUCUCAAUGGACAGAAUGUAUAACUUUAAAAUAGGGACUAUAUCACUUUUGUCUGCUCUGGUCUAAUUAUCCUUUGACCUCUAACCACUUGGUGUGACACCCUAUAAACAAAACUAGCACCUCAGCAAGACACACUAUCUUGAGUAGGUGGGGAUGGGUGACAUUCUUAUAUAUUUACCUUUCACUGCUGAUUUACCUCUUACUCCUUACCCCAGGUUUCAUUAUUCUCCCAACACAUACACGCAUGCACGCACACGCACGCACGCACACACACACACACACACACACAUAUAUAUACACAUAUAUAUACACACAAACAGAGACUUGGAAGAGACACUUACAUACACAUCCACCUCUUCAUUUCUAACACAGUUUCCAAAGCCUGUUUCCUGUUCGAGGAUGUGCUUUGAGCUUCUGUUUGGGUGGUUGGUCUGAAAGAAAAUUAGUAUCUUACCACAACCUGGAAAUUUGCUCAUUUACUUUUUUUCUCUCAGUAGUGAAAACUUGAAAGGAUCUGACAGAAAGGCACCACUACCCCCAAACCCACGCAACAACUGAGGAAGGAUUUAGAGACCUGUUACCUGUUGUUGGUGGUUGUAUCACUGGCUGAAAGCCAUGUGACCUGCCAACCUGCACCACACAACUUCCUCCUCGUUACCGCUCCCUCCACUUUACGUGAGAUACUCAGGCAGCAGAGUUGUAGGACUUUUGUGGAAGGGGGCCAGAGAUGUGUUGGGUUGUGGAAUCACCCUUCCAAUGAUAGAAAAGAUCAUUUUAACUCCUUAUUUUGUUUUCUUUUGGUGUGUAAUCUCUCACGUCACUCUUGUCCAACUUGUCUGCCAUCGGAAUCAUGACCUUAGACCCCAUUUACUCUCCCACACCCACUUCAGUUGAAUGUUGUCAGUUCAAGACAACAGCCACAAACACAUAAAUCUCUGUAUGCCACACACACACACACAUACAUUCACACACACAGAACUGUGCACACAUACAUUCAAAACUGAACAUUAUGGCGUACACACAGUGUGCACAUGUGUAUCCACACACACUCAGAACUGCACACGCCUUCUCCCAUGUGUGCACACUCACACAUCUGCAUGCACAAUCUUUUUAAUCUUUAAUAUAAACCUGCAUUUAAUUUUACUUCCUUGCAAACCAGUCUGAGGAAAUCCAAGUUUGUUGCACUUGCCACUGCUUUUAAUAAUAACUUCAUGUGGGAACAAAAGCUAGAUUCUGAAAGUGGCUGCAUUGCGCACAGCCUAUUCAACCAUUGCUGUAUUUUUUUUCAGGUUAAGGCGUUGCCCUCUGUACAUCCCUUCCAUUUAUUUACUUAAAGCGUGAAACAACCUAUUCAGACUUCGGCCAAUUUUUAUUUGUUUUGUUUUGGAUCCUACAGCAAGCAUCAUCUCACCAACACCUGUUUGAGCCUUUUUUAUAUCUUGAAGCUACAGUGCUGGCAAUUGACUUUUGCAGUGUAUUGCUUAUUACUAUUGAUAGUCCUGCCAUAGACACAGUCUGCUUGGAUACCUGGGUCUGUCUGCCUCUGUCCUUGUUGGCUCAGGUUAUCCAACUUUCUUAAAAUUUAGGAGAUUUUUCCUUGGGAAUAUUGAUAGUCCCAGAACUGUAAUUUUAUGAAGUUCAGGAAACUAAUGAUUUUAGAAAUCUGUAAAUGUCUGUUGAAAACAUCCUAGUGGGUUGGUUUAUUUUAAGAGAAGGUGUCUGUUACAAAUUUCCAAUCCUCAAAUAUAUUCUGAAAAGUUUGGAACGAUAAGGUACAACUUUGAAUCUUAGAGUGUUCAUUGCACAGAAGGACAUUCGGUCCAUCGAAUCCAUGUUGGCUCCCAGUGGUGAAAUCUUCUCAGUCCCAUUCUUCCGCUCUUCCUCUGUAGCCUUCCAAAGAUUCUCUCUCCCUCACCGGUGCUACUGGCAGUGAAUUCCAGAUCCUAAACCUUUUCUGGAUGAAAAAGAUUUUUCCUCACAACUCACUGGACCAUUUGCCCGAAAUUUUAGAUCUCUGCCCCUUGAUCCUUGAACCAUCUGCUAAUGGGAACAGAGGCACUCUGUACCUAAUUCAAAUCACUCAGGAUCUUGAACAUCUCCUGCCAAACCUCCUCUCAACUAUCUUCACUCCAGGUAGAACAACAAGCUUCUCCCAAAAAAGCUUCUGAUCUUCUAAACUCAAAGCUGAAUCCCUCAACCCUGCAACCAUUUUGGUAAAUCUCUCCUGCAUCCUCUCCGGGACCUUAAUAAUCUUCGUAAACUGAGGUGGCCAGUGAUGGACACCAUAUCCAGUUGUAACCCAAACAGAGUUUUGUACAGGUUCAAUAUAUCUUCCCCAUUAUUUUUGUCUGUACCUCUCUUUAUAUAUACCAGAUGUUUUACUAAUCCCUCUCUCAGCAAAGAUUUGAGCAAAUAUUUUUAUUCCUGCACAUGCUGUAGAAUUGUACCAUUUAGAACAUGCUUUCUUUCCUUAACCUUCCUGCUAAAGUAUAUGACUUCACAUUUCUCUGUAUUAAAUUUAAUUUGCCACUUGUCUACCCAUCCAGUCAGCCUGUCUGUGUUUACUUACAGACUUCUGCUAUUCUCUUCAGGGUUUAUCACACUUCUAAGCUUGGCGCCAUUUCCAUAUUUGGAAGUUUUACCCUGCACACCCAUGUGCAAUCAUUAAUAUCUUUAUAACAAAGCAAUGCUUGCAGAUCCCUGGGAAGACCAGGGUCUACCUCCCUUCAGUCUAAAAUACAACCAUUUAUCACCACUCUCUGCUUUCUGUCUUCAAGCCAAUUUCCAAACCUUGCAGCUGGUGACCCUUCAAUUCCACCGGCAUUCAGCAUCCAACAAGGAGAAAGAUCCAAGUGCAUUUAUCACAUUACUGCAGGAAGCAGUGAAGCUUCAGUGAGGACUCGGAUAUAUCUUAGAACCUUGCUGGUUCCGUUGCCUCACUGAUGGAACCACAUCUGACGUUUUCUGCUUUGCUGGCCUUCUCACACUUUCUAUCUGACCUUGAGUCCUGUGUAAUCCUCAAUAGGGGUGCCAGCUUCAUGGAAUAGAGUGAUGGAGUGGGGUCUUGCAGUGGGGUUUGCAGCCAAUGUGAUUGGUUCCCUGCUCUGAUUAAAGUUUAGAAUCCAAUUGACUAUUCAGUUGGAACUUCUGUAACUCAAUAGGACAGGAAAGUCAUAGAUUCCAAAAGGAGGUAAGGCUUUUUAUUCCAUAUUGUGGACAGUUGGAUGAAAGAGAGUUUGCAAUGGAACCUAAACUUUUGCUUACUGUGGUAAUGAGGAAAAUCGGACCCUGGCUCCAACCUGUAUUUUAUUUCUAUCCAAACUGAAGUUAGUGGAUUAGUGGAACACAGUCUCUGAGGUAACAUUGUGAAGUGCAGAAGACAUUAUUUUAGGCUAUGGGCCAUAUCUCACUAUAGUGUUUGCAUCGACUUGUGCAGUAUUUGCUUUAGAGCUGAAAAGCCUGUCAUUUAAGCCACUGUUCCACCAACUCUCUUGCAACAAACCUUUCUGUUCUACAGCUUUUUAAAACCACUAGAGAUGCAGCCUCAUUCCACACAGGCAAAGUUAGAACCAGGAUAUAAUCUUUAAAAUAAAUUUUCACAACAGCAUCACUAAGUGGCUGCAGGUGGAGAAGGGGGAAAGGAAGUUUGGAAAAAAGCCAUUUAAUGUGAAUCUAUUCUUCUGAACACCUCAAUUAGUAGCAUUGCUCUUUUUGAGUAUUUGAAACAGGAAGGUGGGGAGAUCAGAGUAGACAGGCUGCAGUUUCUAUGGCAGGACUGUGUUUAACUAAGAUUAAUACUUCAAUUUGAACUGAAAGAAAAGGAAGAGUUUACACGGAGCAGAAUUUUUUUCAAAAUGUCAUUGGCAGGCCUGGGAAGGUCACCCAGAGUUGACUAUCUGUCUGGUGGGCUGACCUUUGAGUGGGCACCCGAGUUCAACUCAUAAUGGUAAAGGUUGAUCAUGGUCCAACAGGUAGAUCAGUUUAAAACAAAUUAUGCAUACGAAUCAGAUUUGCUAUGGUGAUUUUUGUUUCAAAGGCAAUGUCCAAAUCACCUGGUUAAUGAGUGUCAAAAUGUUGAUCCUAAAGCCUGAUUGUUUUGCAAUCCACACAGCUGUCCUGCACAUGCCUGAUGGUACAAAACUUUUAGCCUGUAAUGUGAAGGGUUUACAAGAAGUGUUACACGUUAAGGCCCCAGACACCACGAGACUACAGUCUUCCCUGAGUCUAGUGGUCUUCCGUAGUUCUUUUGGUGAUCUACUAACAAAACUGCUUCCUCUAUUUUUGCCUGCACCCCAGUCUUGUUAGGAGUUGAUUUAUUGUAAGGUUGAAGCAGGCAACAGAGUACGGAAACGAACAAGGGUAAGAUGCACUGGUUGGAAAUUGGAUUGACAGUUAAAUGGCAGGUUCCUUAGCUCCAGGCAGUGAUCUUUGCAACUCACUCUGACUUUCCUGCCUUGGCCCCUGAUGCUGAGUUGGGCUGGGGUGUAGUUCUACAGAUGCCAGAAGUCACAAGUACAUUGUUCAGCCAGCCCAAGCAGCUGAAGACUACAGAGAGGAUUGGGAGCCUCACGGCCAAGUCCAAACCCCACCCUUGCUGAUACCCACCAGCUAUUGUGGGGUAGGAUUUUCAGAGUCUUGAGAAUAAUUGUAAUAUCCCCUCCUCAGGUAUCCCCAGCUACCCAAACACAAGACCAGGGGUCCUUUCUAGGACUUUGCUAAUUUGUACACCUUGAUAUCACACUUUUCAAACUGAAUUAUCAAAGCAACGAACCCACUUUGGUAGAAGUGAACACACCAGUCUGUAUAGAAAGCAAAAUAAGUAUUCCACCUAUCCCCACCUCCAAAAAAAAAUUGGACAUUGCCUUUCCUUUGGAGAUUGGAUUUCUAAUUUUAAGCUGUAUGGUGAGGUGUUUGGAAUUAAUUUAUAUAUAUCCACGACAAUUGCUACCUCAAAAGAUUUCCCAUGUGCUGGUACAAAAAGGCAUUUUUGAAUUAAGAGUUGCUAUCUCAUUACCUCUGCUCCGAUGGCAAACCCUCCUUGACCUUGGAUUGGUGUGUACUGUGCAUGCAGGCCUCUUUCAACAAAACCUGCACUGCAUUCAA